UCAGAUAUGAAGAUUAGAAGCACCAGUCUUUACAAAAGACUCUUGCUCAUCAUUCAACAGAUUCUUCUUUUGCCUCAUUUGGCUAGUGCAGGUGAAACAGGGGACCUAAAAAUCACCCAGCUCCCCCAAGCAAUCAAUAUUUCAGAGGGAGAAAGUAUCACAAUGACAUGUUUAUGGAACAUCAGUCACAGUGAAAGUGUUAGAGUGGACUGGUUAAAGGACAACAUCAACAUUGUUACAAAAACUAACAAAGGAAUAUAUAAAUCCGAUGGAAGAAAGUACAUUAUCGAAAGGAACUACUCAAAUCUGACCAUUCCUAAUACAGUUCUAAAUGACUCAGGAUUAUAUCAUUGUGAAGUGCUUGUGGAAAUACCACCACCAGUCCAUCGAGCAAUCGGAGAAGGAACAUUGUUGAUUGUCUUUGCGGCCCAAGCUAAGAACAAUCUGAUUAUUUGGCUUUUGGCAGCAAUUAGUCCCACUAUACUGAUUGCGAUUGUAGUUCUGUCCUGCAGUGUCAGAAAAAUAAAGAACAGAAGGCAAAAUGCCAAUUCUGUGUAUGAAAACUCUUCUGUAAUAAAGAAAGAAGCUUUUAAGCCGAAGAUAGAGAAAAGGUGA